UAAGUCAUAUGAAUUAAAAUCAUCGCUGCAAUAUGCAUCGAAGAUCGUUGAGUUAUAAGUUUUGCAUAAACUGUUUACGGUAAUCCUUAGGUACACAACGGCUUAUAUUUCAAUCUCAGAAAGCGUUGGCGCCUUUUUUCAGAACAACUCAUCUUGUGUACGAUUUUGCUGCGAGAAUGGAUAUGCACACGAUGCUUCCUUCCGUCAGUAUUUUCAACGAACUCCAAACGGUUCACGAGAAAGGAUAUUUUUACGUAUUACCCUCUCUUGAAGAAGACUGGCAGCAGACUCGACUGGAAAUGGAUCGUUAUUUGUGCCCAGAGACGCGAGACAGUGGCCCUGAUCUCUAUAAUAAUGCUCCAUGGAAUGAUAUACCUUUGACAUUUGAUGUUGAGAAUCUGAAUCUUCUCGAUUUGAACACGUGUGGAAACUCUACGGAGAAUUUAUGCUCUUCCACGGCCUUUGUGUUCCACGAACUACCUGUAAAUAUACCUGCAAUUUCAUAUGAGCAAAAUGGCAACCAGCCUCUGUGUAUUGACUUUAAACUUAAACCAUUGUCAGUGAAAAUAGCUGGCGUGGAAGAAACUGACUCUAAAGUCAAGCAUGAAACGGUGCAGUUACCGUUGACGCCACCGAGCUCACCCGAGUUGAGCAAUAGUACAACGAAACGAGAAGGCAACGGAUUAAAACAGAAAGCACCCGGACUUAAAGAGAUCUGCGCUGUCAACAAAGACGUGAACGAGGCAAAACGUCGAAUACACAGAUGCCCGUUUACUGGCUGUAGAAAAGUUUACACAAAAAGCUCACAUCUUAAAGCACAUCAACGAACACAUACGGGAGAGAAGCCAUACAGUUGUUCUUGGGAAGGAUGUCACUGGCGGUUUGCUCGCUCAGACGAGUUGACUAGACACUUCAGAAAGCAUACCGGAGCGAAACCUUUCAAAUGUACUCAUUGCGAUAGAUGUUUUGCGCGUUCUGAUCAUCUUGCUUUGCAUAUGAAACGGCACGUUUAACCUGAAGUUGCGCUGCGCUCGAUAAGUGUUUUUGUUCAGUCGUUCUUUCUGAAAGAUUGAAGAAGCUCUGUUCCUUCCGGAGAAGCAAAGUUGUUGGAAACUUCAAGACGUCAAAUGUCUUUUACGAGUUGUGCAUGUUUGGGGAUAAGGUGCAUGGGUUAUUUAGUAAAUUCUUGAGCCUCUAUGGCUCAUUUUGUGUACGUGUAGUUUUUGAACGGAGAAAAUUCGACUUUACGAACGUCACAGAUAGCGCAAAUAGCGAAAACGAUUUCUGGAACGCAUCCUCAUCAAAUAUUGUUUUAUUAGCUUAUGCGAUGAAAUAUUGGAUUCUGUACGCUGAAUAAAAAUGUUUGAUUAAAAGUAUUUUCACAACCGCA